AUGGCGUCGUUUGGAGAACAACUCUUAGAGGCCGGCCGUCGGAAUAACACUGAGUUGCUCCUCGACAUCAGAGCCAAGAUCAAUGACGAACCCAAGUUGGCCGAUCUCAUCAACUCCACCACCGAACAAAUAACCGACAACCUGUCGCUUCACUUGGCAUGCCACUCGGGUAACUGGGAGUUUAUCGACAUUGUCCUCGACGUCGAAGGUGUUGAGAUUGACCCGCAAAACCGUGAGGGCCAAACUCCUCUCCAUGUGAUCGUUAAAUACUGUGCUGAGGAGUUCGACCACGGCAAAUUCAUCUGUGAUAACAUGUUGGACGCUGGUGCCGACCCCAGAAUCACCGAUAAGCAUGGUCGCAAACCGAUUGACUUGGUUACGGACGACAUGGACCCUCUGUUGAGAGAGUUGUUGGAGAGUGCCGAAUACGCCAUUGGCAUGGAGAUUCCUCAAGAUGGCGACUUUGAAGGUGGUGAAGAAGAAGAAGGCGAUGAAGAGGAAGGGGACCCUACCGAUAGUGAGUAG